UUAGCUAUUCCAGCGGGAAAAUUACGUCACUUGCUACGAGGCUUACGAAGAAAUUGAACGCUUUUGGGAUUUUCCUUUUGUAUCUUAACGAAAUCAAACACGUUUUAAGAUAUAGGAAAACAAUAGAAGAUCCUUGAUGAGUUACAAUAUAACGAAUAAAUAAGGAUAAUGCUACAGAUCAACACGGAAGAUUCACAAACGGAAGGUAAUGUGCCCUCUACCGGCAAGAGAAAUCCUUUUGAUUUUUUCUCUAAUAUUUUCAGAAGAAAAGGAAAAGACACAGAGAUAUAUGUUAGAGACAGAAGCGAGGACCCCUUAGCAGAAACCGAAAGAGGCUCUAACCCUAAAAAUGGGACUUUUCUUUCUGAUAGUAUCUAUCAAUCGACCAGUCAGCUUCUCUCAUCAUCCAGAAACAGGAAACAUGCCAACGUUUACACCCAUUGCCCUGUUCCUCACCCAGAAAUGGAGACUCUUUGUCUUUCACGAGAAGAUAACCCCUACAUUCAAGAAAAGUUGAAGAAGGUGGGGAGCGAUCAUGAUUUUCCCGACACGGCCUUUUCAUCCCCUCCCACUCUGGAUAAGGAGAAGCUAAUUAACACUGAUGGUACCUCAGAACAAGAGGAAACGGGUGGAAGUAUGCACGUUCACUUAAUAAGAAGUCCACCCCCUGGCUUUCCUCGGAAUAUUACAGAGUUCGUGUUUUCUGACAAGAAAUAUACUCCACGUCACAGUCCGAAGAAAAUUCGUCAGCCCCACGACCUUCACUUCCCCACGGAGACGACUUCCACUGCCCCACGGAGACGACCUUCACUGCCUCACGGAGACGACCUUCACUGCCUCACGGAGACGUCCUUCACUGGAAACAGAAGCAAGAAACAUUCCUCUCAGAAGUUAGGUCUGCGAGCGUCAUCCUCGUCGCUUCCUUCCUUAGAAGUUUUACAGAAGAGAGACACUAAAAGAAACUUAAACCCACUGUUCAGCAAGACUGGGCUGAAUGUAAUAGAUCCAGGCAUUAAGAAGAUUCUUCUGUCACAGAAGCAGAAAUUGUUUUCUGGAAACACACACGCGUGCGUGUCAAAUGACAGGAACUGUGGGAAAGUAGUGUUAG